AUGAGCAGGAGGGUGUUGAAUGUGGACUUUAGAGGGUUCAACAGAAAGGAAGUGAAGUAUGACUGGAAGAGGAAAGUGGGUACUUACCUGCCAGACCAAGGAUCCACUGUCGUUAGUUCCAUUCUUUUCCUACCCUUUCAAGGCGAAUAUUACAUUGAGGCUACUAUAUCCAGUUGCAUGGCCUGGUUUACUGCAGCAGUAUCAUCGGGGGCUCGUCUUGUCUUUGUCGAUAUCCAAACAGAACAGAUCGUGACCUGGGAGAAAAUCAUUCCUAGUGGAAAGGAAAUAAGUCGAGGGAAGCAACAAAACCCCAGAACUGUAGAAUUUGCGCAAGGCAUAAGGCUAUUGUUCCUACCAGGAGUUGGUGAAGUUUUACUUGAAAUGAUACCAGAACCAGAAGCAGCUCGAUUUGGAAUGGACAUAAAACGGACAGACGAGGGAUUUAUUUGCGUCUACUCAGUAACAAAGGGUUCAGCUGCCGAUAGUGCUGGGCUUCGGCAACUACUUGAAGAAGCGAAUGCCAAAAGGCAUCUGCUUGUUAUCUCUCGAUUAGAAGGCAAGAGUCUAAUGCCAUCGAGUGUUAGCUCUGCUGGGCUUAUAGACUGUUGUGAUCAUGAUGAAAUAAAGGACACCCUAACUUCAGCUAUCGACCGAAUGGAUAUAAUUCAACUCCAUAUCAUGGCCUGGCCUAACCAAACUCGUCCUGACACCCAGCAAGCAAUCCCUGCUGCCACCUUCUGGCCACCAAAUGGAUAUUAUCACUCACCACCACUGUGA